GAUCUGCCAGAAAGAAACACACCCGCAGCCGAUCCGGGCCGCCCACCACCCGCGACCCGGAUAUUCCACGCGGAUGCCGCCCUAUAUAUAGGAGGCAGCGGCCUGGCUUGCUCAUUUUUUCCGGCCUCUUCCUCGCGCGGCGCCUACCCACCCAACCCCCCGGGUUCGAAGCGUGCGAAGGGAGCGAAGCAGCGCGGAGAGAUGGCCCGUACCAAGCAAACUGCUCGCAAGUCCACGGGAGGGAAGGCUCCCAGGAAGCAGCUUGCAACUAAGGCUGCCCGUAAGUCAGCCCCGACCACUGGAGGAGUGAAGAAGCCCCAUCGCUACCGCCCUGGCACUGUUGCCCUCCGUGAGAUCCGCAAGUACCAGAAGAGCACUGAGCUGUUGAUCAGGAAGCUGCCCUUCCAGAGGCUUGUCAGGGAAAUUGCACAGGACUUCAAGACUGAUCUGCGUUUCCAGAGCCAUGCUGUGCUUGCCCUCCAGGAGGCUGCUGAGGCGUACCUUGUUGGUCUGUUUGAGGACACCAACCUGUGCGCCAUCCAUGCUAAGCGUGUGACCAUCAUGCCUAAGGACAUCCAGCUGGCCAGGAGGAUCCGUGGCGAGAGGGCUUAAUCAUCUCAAUCAUGACAAUCAAAGUCAAGUGUCGAAGUAGUGGGUUAAUGUGGUGCCCUGUUCAGGACAUCUGAGUAGGGCUUGUUUUGUGGAUCAUAUUAAGUUCCUCUUCUGCAGCACUAUAUGUUGCUACUACCUUUGUUGGUGUUGUUACUAGGGUCGUCGAAUACUUAAAUUGUCUCGUCUAGUGUUGGUACCGCGUUGACAGUUUGACAUUUGUGUGCUAUGUUGCUGCUGACUAGCAGUGUUUGUGCGCUGCUGGAUUGUAAGCUUCAUUGCUGUGGCUGAUCUGUUCGUUAAAUGGUAUCGUGUUACGUUGUGUA